UCUUUAUGUCACAGAGCAGGAGAAACUAGUGACGGAAAGAGACCUUCGCAAGAAACCUAUUCAGAUGUUUAAAAUUUAAAUAAUCUGCACUCUGCAACCCCCACCGCUCCCAUGCAGCACCCUGGGUUGGCCGCUGCCAUGUUCUGAUGCCAGAGUUGUCGCUGCAGUCACAGAAGCCCAUACUGCGGGAAGAGAGUGAGACACAAGACCACGAGUGCAGAGCAGGGAUGGAAGCUGCCAGCCACUGACCAGUUAUUUCAACUAGGAAUGCACAGUGCUGCACAUGUACAGCACAGUACUUCAACUUCGGCGUUGGUUUUUCCAGGCAAGGAAUGUCCAAAGGAACCUAACUCCGGCUUUAACAUUGAUUCGUCUGGGAACUCAUGAUUCAUUUCAAGUUAUUUGGCUUAAAGUCAUGAUUUUCAGGAAUGUAGCCAUAAUUUUAAACUGCCCACCUGGCUAUGAUUGACACUCUGAUGAUGGCUUACACUGUGGAAAUGAUCAGCAUUGGGAAAGUGGUCUCAUGUGUCCAGCAGUUCACAAACUUCUUCCCAGCCACAGAACUUCCGUAUGACAUUGAAGAUGCCAUUGUCUGCUGGAUAAAUAAGGUAAAUGAACAUUUGAAGGAAAUAGUCAGCCAGGAGCAGAAGCAAAGGCAGCCACAAGGGCCAGAGACACCUGGAAAUCAAAGGGCCCGCUACAGGAAAGAUCAAACUCUACCCAAACAGCUGCCCUGCAUCUCAGCAGUAGAAAAUCUGUUGAAGGACACCACAGAUGGUUGCGCGUUAGCUGCAUUGAUCCAUUUUUACUGUCCUGAUAUUAUCCGAAUGGAAGAUAUAUGCUUGAAGGAGACCAUGUCAUUAGCUGAUGGCCUAUAUAAUCUGCAAUUGAUUCAGGACUUCUGUGAAGGAUAUCUGAACCAGUGCUGCCAUUUUCUACUGGAAGAUAUGCUCUAUGCUUCAUCAUCAAUCAAGAAUAACUACCUGGUAUUUAUGGCAGAGCUGUUCUGGUGGUUUGAAGUGGUGAAGCCCUCUUUUGUGCAUCCUAGGGUGCUUCCUCAAGUGGAAGCUGAACCACUCCACCCAAUAAAGAACAUCUAUGCUGCUUUCCCAAUUUCAAAUGCUACCAGAAAAAGUUUCAUGGAUACUUCUCCCAACCCUGAGUUUGGCUGCAGCAAAGUAAGUCCAACUUUUUCACCAUCACAGCCACUUCUGCCCCUGCGACACACUCAACACCGCCCUCAUUCAUCUGAUUCAGGAAUCAUGCGACGAUCUACAUCCAUGUCUUAUGUAGAGGGUUACGCAGGAACCUGGCCUGAAAAGAAACAAAGAGCCUUUCCCCAAGCGGUGUCUUUCAAUAUUCCCUUUGAUUUGGACAACAACAUUGAUACAUCCACUGCAAAUAACCGGACAAUAAUUAGAUCAAUUAGUAAUGACAGUUUGAUUUCAAACAUCAACAAUACUCCCAAACAUUUAGUGGGAGAUGAAUCUUUUCAGUCAAUAAAUGGACAGAGCAAUGGAAUAGAAGAAGAAAUGCAUUUGUCUAAUCACAAUUAUGAGAAGCCAUCUAAAGGUUCCACUGGAAAGCCUAGUUUGGCAAAUGAUACCACGAGAAGACGAUCCACGCGAGGUACAGUCUCAAAUGGGCCAAAGGAAAAUAGUUUAGAUAUCCCACCAAGCAUUGAAGAAGCACUGCAGAUAAUUCAUGAUGUAGACAAACUCUACCCAAAUCUUCAGUCUGAGCAAGUAGCUGAUGGUUUUUUCCUACAUGUUAACAAUGUCAAUGACAUCCCUGUAAAACCCAGAAUGAAUCAAACCAGCAGCCUGGAUUCCAUUGCAGAUAUUAAAAGUGCUACUAGCCCUUUGACUGAUAAUACUGAGGUAGACACAGGGAUCCAUGUGCCAUCUGAAGAUAUUCAAGAAACAAUAGAUGAAGACUUUUCCUUAAGAGAUUACACUGUUAGUAUGGAUUCUGAUUUGGAAGACUCUUCUAAACCUCAAGACUCUGAUCUAAGAAGCGAUGAUCAUAAUGAUAUGUUAAUUUCAGGUUCAGAUUCAUUGAAUGCUGUAUUGCAAUCUGGAAAUAGCAUCUCUCCAGGUUCUGCAAUUAAAAUGACCAGUUUUGCUGAACAAAAAUUCAAAAAGCUAAAUAUCACAGAUGCCAAGUUUAGCAGUAGUAGUUCCCAAAAGACUACCCCAGAGAGUUCAGAGCUUAGCACUCCAGGUGUGGUUCCUAGCGGUCAGAUACAGGAACUGAGUCCACACAGACAAAUAAGAGAUCCUGCUCAGCUGUUGGCAUCUGAAGUGAUUCAGCUUAAAAUGAAACUGGAAGAAAAGCGUCGAGCCAUUGAAGCCCAGAAAAAGAAAGUUGAAGCUGCUUUUACAAGGCAAAGACAAAAAAUGGGCAGGACAGCUUUUUUGAAUGUUGUGAAAAAAAAGGGUGAUGGAAUUUCUCCAUUGAAUGAGGAACCCAGUGGUGACCAUGGAGGUAGAUUGUCACAUGAGAGGAAAAUGUUACCAUCAGAGAAUGUUGAGGAAAAGGACUUGACACCUGAGGCAAUUGGAAUGAAUGGUGGCUCAGCAGAUAAUGGUAAACGGGGCCUUCAAUUCCCUGCCACUGCAGCUCAGUCAGAGAAACAAGUUGCCUGGAAUUUAAGUAACACCAAUGAAGAGACUUUAGGAGAUGUUGAUGUCAUAGAGUACAACAGAUUAAUUGAGAAAAUGAAUACAGCUUUGCAUGCGCUGCAACAGGAGAUGCAACGUUUGGCGAAUCAGCAGGAAUUAAUAAUGCAAAUGAGAGAACAGCAACAAGCAUGGGUAAUUUCUCCUCCUCAAUCUUCGCCGCAAAAGCAAGUCCGAGAACUUCGAUCUUCUUCAAGGUCAACCGGGUCAUUAUCUCCUUCGCUAUCCUCUUCUGGAGAAUCACCUCGCUCUACCCAACGAUCUCCUCAGACUUUUCAUAGAAGGUCUUCAUAUUCUCAUGUUAAAAACUCAAAACCAAGGCCAAAUGAAUUGAAGAUAACUCCAUUAAAUCGUGUCCUCACUGCCCCAUGUUCUGUCGAUAGUCUUCCUCAUCUUAGAAAGUUCUCUCCCAGCCAGUUCCAGACCAGAUCGUUCAUUUUUCUUGACGAUGACACGCCCGACGCUUCCACAAAAGGAGAGGACAUGCAGUCAACUAAUGAGGAAACAGAGCCUCUGACAGAGGAAAAUAAAUUGACAAUUGAAAAACCCUCGCAAAUGGAGAAAGAGGAUCAAGUAAAGCCUAUUAAACCUGAGGUUUCACCAUUGCCCACAGUGUCCACAGAAAAAUCUGUGGCCCUUACAGACAGUCCAAUUAAAAGAAAACAUCCUGUUGACCAGAGCACGAAGGCAAGCUUGAUUGAGGUUUCCCUUUCAGGUCUCAAGCUUUCAGAGGAGGAAGUAGAAAUAGACGAGGCACAUGAUGGUGAUGCUGAAAAGGAGCAUUUUGAAGAACAAAAGUUGUGCUGUGGAUUUUUCUUUAAAGAUGAUCAGAAAGCUGAAGAAAUUGCUAUGAAAAGAGCAGCCCUCUUGGAGAAACGCAUGAGGAGGGAGAAGGAAAAACAGAUUAGACGACAACAACUGGAAGCAGAGUUAGAAGAGAAGAAGGAAGAAGCCAGACUCAAAGCUGAAGAAGAGCGCCAGAAGAAGGAAGAUGAAAAAUCGCGCAGAGAAUUCAUUAAACAGGAAUACCUAAGAAAGAAACAGCUGAAACUAAUGAAAGAUAUGGAUAGUGUGGUAAAGCCUCGUCCCACCAGUCUGAAACUCAAGAAGGCUCGUCCAAAGUCUUUCCGAGAGGAUGGAUCAAACCCACCUGUCAGGUCAUCAGCGGCGUCCUGCUUAUCUUUGGCAUCAUUGAACACAGCAGAUGCUGACAGUGUGCAUUCAGGAAGAAAAACCCCCAGGACGGAAUCAGUUGAUGGAUUUAUGUCACCAAGCUGUUCUGUCAAUCGCAGUGGUGAAAAAGACUGGGAGAAUGAUUCAACAACUUCCUCAGUGGCUUCUGCAACAGAGUACACAGGACCAAAGUUAUAUAAGGAACCCAGUGCAAAAUCAAACAAGCACAUAAUUCAGAAUGCAAUCUCUCAUUGCUGUUUGGCUGGAAAAGUCAAUGAGAAUCAGAAAAAUAAAAUACUUGCGGAAAUGGAGAAUUCUGAAGCCAAUAACUUUUUGAUCCUUUUCCGGGAUGCUGGUUGCCAAUUCCGUUCACUCUAUACCUACAGUCCAGAAACCGAAGAAAUUAUUAAGUUGGCAGGAAUAGGGCCUAAAAACAUUGGAAAGAAAAUGAUCGAGGGACUCUACAAGUACAACUCUGACCGCAAGCAGUUUAGUCGCAUUCCUGCCAAAUCUUUGUCUGCCUGUGUGGACGCAAUUAUCAUCCAUAGCUACCUGUGGCAGUAUAAAAGACCCAACACACCCAAAAAGCUCACCCCAACAAGGUCAUAGUAAGGAGAGCCAUCGUGAGAACAUUUAAUGGCAUUAAACAAUUGCACUUCACCAUAACUUCCAUGAGGAGAAGGGGUUUUCUAGUUGCCAAGAGCAACUCUUGUUUGUAGAUUUGAUAAUAUAUCUAGUAUGUUCAACAAUUGAAAACUGGACACCAAACUCUGCUUUCAUAAUGCACAACUGGAAUGUAUGUGUUAAGAGACAUUGAAGGACGUCACUAUUGCAAUUAGAGGUAAAACAAUUAAUUGUGAAGUGAUAUUACCUUGAUCAUGCUUGUCGUUUUCUACUUGCUAAUUAAUGUGACAUCAAUACCAUAACUCAAAUUGUUUGGUACACUGGAGGAUCUGAAUGUUACAUGUUUAAACUAGCAAGUAAUAUUUUUGCCUUAGUCACAUUUUUCAUGUUUUUACAACUGCCAUAAGAUUCUGUUAAUGCUAUAUUUUAAAGGGUAGGUAUUUUAUAUGCAUACAGCGUUCCACAGUAUUCGCCAUAUCUGCAUAAAUGGGCUGAUGUUGGCUGAUUAAUCCGAAAGGGUGCUAUGUUAGUGUUUAACUUUAAUUCAAGGGUACUGUCCUGGUACAUUAUUUUCCAGAAUAUCUACUGGAAGCAGGUUUUGUACCAGUAUUGACAAUUCACCCAAAAAUGUUUAGUUCUUCAAUGUUCGGAGUGCAGCAUCCUUGACUUGGUUAAGACAUUUUUAAGCCAUCAUGGUAAGAAAACCUUAAUCUGUGCUGGCAAUCCUAGUAUUGCUGCUGACUACACUACUGAUGUGUGCAACAUAAGCCUCAUUAGUGAUUAGUGUUGCCUGUGAUUUCUAUUGUUUUACUUGAUGCCCUCUUAAUAGGUACAGUGUACCUUGAACAUCAAGAAAGGAUAGUGAUAGUAAUAGUGUUGUGAGUGAUGAGUGGACGUAGAGGCCAAAUUCUGACACCAGGUCAGCUGUACCGAAGCUAGACAAUAAGGCAAAGGUCGUUGACUGAAGAAAAUUAUGGAAAUUGGAAAGAAACGAGACUUUUAAAAUCAUUUUAAUUCUAUGGCUAGACUAGUGAUCCAUAUGUGUUUGUUUUAAGCAGCAUGAAAUUUAAACAGCUAGAGGAUCAUAAUUCACAUUCCAUCUUUUUGAGGAAUCAUUCCAUUUGUGAAUAAAGUGCAAGUUUAUCUUUG